AUGGCAACUACCGACCGCAAGCGACGACGCUCUUCUAGCGGCGAUGCCGCUGUCCCUAGCAAGCGCUCAGCCACUGUUCAAAGCAGCAACGAGACCACCGAUCUAUCAGCAGUAGAUGCCGAGCUGUCCAGCAUCAACGAAUUGCUGCAAGAGGAGGAAACGUCUCAAAAACAGACCUGGCAGAUCGGCAAGCGCGUCAAGAAACUGCUAGAAGACAACGACAAACUGCCCGUUUCUAAGCAGCUGGACGCCUAUUUCCUAUGGGGCACAGCGCUUGCCCGUUUGGCCUCGUUAAACGAGGACCCGACGCUGGCGGACGCUGCCGCGGACAAGUUCCAGCAGAUGCUGCAGCUGAGCCAGGACGAGGCGGACGAAGACGCCGCAGACGCAGCUCUGGGACCUGUGGGCUUCUCUCUCUGGGGCUCAUCGCUGCUUACUGUAGCCACAGAGAUGCAGAGUCGAGAAGUGCUGGACCAGGCACUUUCUAAGUUCCAGCGAGCGGUUGAGGUGGAUGGAGGGACGACGUUCGAGACGAAAUUCCAGUUUGCAAAGGCCUUAAAGGAAGGUGGAGACUUAGUCGCGUUCUUGGAGGAAGACGACGAUAAAGCUAAGCAGGAUUACUAUAACAGAGCACUGGCCGUGUGUGAGAAGCUGGAAGAGAUCUACAAGAAGAAUUCGAUGGACGAAGAGAAGGUUGAGGAGGAAGAAGACAGCGAAGAGGACGAAGAGGACGACAAGGUGACGACCGAGGACUAUGCGGAGGCGAAGCUACUGGAAGCUGUAGUGCGAGGUCUGCUGGAGGACUUGAGCAGUGUCGAGGACUUCCGUCGUACCCUUGGUCUGUACAAGGAAGCGAUCUGUACUGCCGAGGCGCUGAUGGAGAUGACCAACUACCUGGCUGCGAGAUGCUCGGCGAGUGCUAGUCUGGGAGGGAAGGUCAGUAUUGAGGAGUGGAAGACGCUGUUUUAUGAUCUGGAAGAGAAGUUCAAGAGUUUGCUGGCCGAAGCUGGGUUCGAUCUGCAAGAGUGUCAUGAGAUCUGCAAGCGGAAGGACACAAAUGACCAGGAGGAGCCGGAAGAAGAGGACAUCGAUGAACGAGUGCCUCAUCUGCUCAACACACUGGGUAAGGGACUGGCUGCGUUUGUGCGAGCCUUCCCGACGCUGGACGAAAGCCAGACGAAGACGCUGAAGGAGCAGAAGAAGAAGAAAUCGACCGGUGACGCACGCUUCACUCACGCAGUGGAGGUGCUACGAUCAGCUCACCACUUCCACGACAAGCUCGGUGGGUAUUUUCUGGCAUGUCUGUAUGCCUCGCCUGCGUUCGAAGAUGAAGAGGUGACAAUGUCGGACGUGGCUGGAGACGGCGGAUAGCUACGGGGCUUUAGAGGAUGAAUUCGACGUGCAGGAGUUCACUACGAUGCACGAGAAGAUGUGGUUUAAGCGCCUGACCCAACCACCCGAGCAAAUUGAGGACAUCGGCGGGGAACAGGACGAAGUCGAAGAGGAGGACGACG